CCGCAGGCCUGUACAAUGGCCUUCCCCGGCCGAUCACGCCCGUGCACCAUCCCAGAGAAUGAAGAAGUCCCCCCGACAGUCCUUAACAGUGUCCCCGAGGCUAAUGGGAAUGAAGACGAGAGGGCUGUAUCCAAGCUGCAGCGAAGGCACAGUGAUGUCAAAGUCUACAAGGAAUUUUGUGAUUUUUAUGCGAAAUUCAACAUGGCCAAUGCCUUGGCCAGCGCCACGUGUGAGCGCUGCAAGGGAGGCUUUGCACCUGCCGAGAAGAUCGUGAACAGUAAUGGCGAGCUGUACCAUGAACAGUGCUUCGUGUGUGCUCAGUGCUUCCAGCAAUUCCCAGAAGGACUCUUCUAUGAGUUUGAAGGAAGGAAGUACUGUGAGCAUGAUUUCCAGAUGCUCUUUGCUCCCUGCUGCCACCAGUGUGGUGAAUUCAUCAUUGGUCGGGUUAUUAAAGCCAUGAACAACAGCUGGCAUCCUGAAUGCUUUCGAUGUGACCUCUGCCAGGAAGUGCUGGCAGACAUAGGGUUUGUCAAGAAUGCUGGCAGACACCUGUGUCGUCCAUGUCAUAAUCGUGAAAAGGCCAGAGGCCUUGGAAAAUACAUCUGCCAGAAAUGCCAUGCCAUCAUUGAUGAACAGCCUCUGAUCUUCAAGAAUGACCCUUACCAUCCAGACCACUUCAACUGUGCCAACUGCGGGAAGGAGCUAACUGCUGAUGCCCGGGAGCUGAAAGGGGAGCUGUACUGUCUGCCAUGUCAUGAUAAGAUGGGGGUCCCUAUCUGUGGUGCUUGUCGGAGACCCAUUGAAGGGCGAGUAGUGAAUGCCAUGGGCAAGCAAUGGCAUGUGGAGCAUUUUGUUUGUGCAAAAUGUGAAAAGCCAUUUCUUGGACAUCGCCAUUAUGAGAGGAAGGGCUUGGCCUAUUGUGAAACUCACUAUAAUCAGCUGUUUGGUGACGUCUGUUUCCACUGCAACCGUGUCAUAGAAGGGGACGUGGUCUCUGCCCUCAACAAGGCCUGGUGUGUGAGCUGCUUUGCCUGUUCCACCUGCAAUACCAAGUUAACACUCAAGAAUAAAUUUGUGGAGUUUGACAUGAAGCCAGUCUGUAAGAAGUGCUAUGAGAAAUUCCCACUGGAACUGAAGAAAAGACUUAAGAAACUGGCUGAGACUUUAGGGAGGAAGUAACUUCUGGUUGGUGUGUUCUGUUCUGUUCUGUCUUCUAACCAAUAGUACUUAAGUUGACCCACCCUUACCUAAAGGUGGAUCAAAGCAUUAGAGAGAAUGCUUUUCUUCACUUCCCUUUUCUGAUUUAAAAAGAAAACAUAUCUACUCUGAUGUAAAACACAGAUGAAAUCAAGACUUUAGCCUUAGCAGUCUGUGAACUGUUUAAAAAAAAAAAAGAGGAAAGAAAAGAAAAGAAAAAAAAAAACAUGUUAAAGGGUAAUUUUGAUUAAGCCUUGUCCUCCAAACAAUAAAUUUAACUCUUCAACAUUAAGCACUGUGCUCUGCAAAUCAACGCUGGGUCCCUGUGGAAAGAGAACCCACUUCCUCCACAGUCCUAGGCCAGCCACAGCUGCAUAUUGAAACCUUGUUUCAAAGAAAGAAAAGUGGCUGUGUACGUCAUAUUACCUGUGUGCUGAUACCUAUGCUUCAUACCUAAUCUAACUUGCCUUGCUUGCCUUAGAAAACUGCACUCCCUAAUCAGGAAUGCUAUAUAAUACCAAAUAAAAAUAAAUACUUUGACUGGGAUUUAUAGAGUGAGCUUUUACAUGACUCAGAUUUUAAAAGACUCCAGACUUUAUUUUAUAUCAUAAGAAAAUAAUUUCUCACUCAUAUACUGGAGAAGGAUAUAAGAAAGAUAAGUAAACUACCAAAAUAAUUCCUAUGCAGUCUUAGUGUAUUUAUCCAGCUAGUGUUGUAAAAGGAACAUGCAUAUUACUAAGAAGCAAAAAUGUUUCAGAAUGACUUGAAUUUUUGUUAAAUCACUAUGCUUAGUUUUCUAUUUUGUUCUUAUGAACUUUUUUCUUCAUACAGUUACUUAAUAAAGUUGCUGUAGCUACUAGUAUGUCUUUUACAGUCUUGAGCAAAACAAACAAAAAAACUAUGCCAGUUAUCUUGAAAAUACUGCACACUUUGUGAUAUUGGGAAAAUGAAGCAUUUAAAAAAUAUAUUACACAAUUAUGCUUUUAAGCUUAAUGUAAAAUAUAUAGUAUUCAAAUAGGACAUGAGAUGAAAUAUUAUGCAUCUUGGAAUGUAUACUUUGAAAAGUGGGUGUGAGCCAGGGAUGGCAGCCCUGGUCUUUAAUCCCUGCACUCUGGAUGCAGAGGCGGACAGAUCUCUUACAGAUCUCUUGGAGUCCUAGGCCAGCUAAGGCUGCAUAUUGAAACAUUGUUUCAAAAAAAGUGACUGUGUAGGUCAUAUUGACAGAUCUCUUGGGAGUCCUAGGCCAGCUAAGGCUGCAUAUUGAAACAUUGUUUCAAAAAAAGUGACUGUGUAGGUCAUAUUACCUGUGUGCUAAUAUUUAUGUUUCAGACAUAAUCUAACUUGCCUUGCCUUAGAAAACUGCAUUCCCGCCAGGCAGCAGUGGCGCACGCCUUUAAUUCCAGCUCUGGGGAGGCAGAGCCAAGGCAGAUCUCUGUGAGUUCUAGGCCAGCCUGAUCUACAGAGUGAGAUCUAGGACAGGCACCAAAACUACACAGAGAAACCCUGUCUCAAAACAAAAAAAAAAAAAAAAAAAAUAGAGAAAAGAAAACUUCAUUCCCUAAUCAAGAAUUCUAGAUGUUUCAUAUAAUACCAAAUAAAAAUACUUGGACUGAGAUAUGGAAAUUAAUCCCUGUCCUCUUAUUAGGAUGAUGGUGAUAUAUGUUUUAGGUUUUUUCAUUUCAAAUGUCAUAAUUGGGUUUUAUCUACUAUAAGAUAGUAAAAAGUUAUAAAUGAUACUUUUAGAUUGAAAGAAGGUAGUAAGAAUAUUAACUUUAGGUAAAAAUCAGUUCUAUUUCAUAAAAAUUUUUAUCCUGAAAUGUCUGGACCAUUUUUUUUUUUAAUAAACUCAAUAUGCAACAGUAUGAGCAUUUUAAAAAUGUUUCUGCUGCUAACGUGUUGCCUUUUUUUUCUAAGUUACCAAGAUAUAUAUAGCCAACAUUGCUGGGUAUAGUGACUCACAUUGUAGUCUCAGCACUUGGGAGCUAAAGCAGGAAGGUUGAUAUGAUUUGGAGUCCAAUCCUAGGUUACAGUCUGUGAUGCUGUCCCCCAAGACAUCCCCACAAACAAAAACACUAGUAUAUUGCUUUGCCAUAAAGGCUAUCUCAGGGGCCUAGGAAAGAGCUCAGUUGGUAAAGUACUUGUCAUACCAGCCUGAGGACCUGAGUUUGAACCUGGAGGUGAACAGAUUUCUGGACUCACUGGGUAGCCAACCCAGCCUAACUGGUGAGCCCCAGAUCCAAGGGGAAUAUCUGUCUCAAAAGAAGCAAAGUGGAUGGUUCCUGAGGACUGACAGACACCCCAAGAUGGACAUCUGGUCUCCACAUACACACACUUAUGCACACAUUCAGAAAUAUAUACUCACACAUAUAUACAAAAAAGUGUAUCUCAGGAUGCUAUUACUCUGCCAUUCAAAUGUUUGUAAUCAUGACUUUUUUCAAAUACUUGGUUGUGCACAUUAUAGAAUUUCUGUUUUCAGAUAACUAACUUGUAACCAGUUCUUUUAUUUUUUAAUAUUCUUUUGUGAUUAAGAAAACUAAGUGAUUAAAAACAAUACAUGCUUUGUGUUUGUUUAGCAGUUUAAAAUUGUGUUUGACAAUAAGAACCAAAAUAUCUUCAGUGUGCCUUUGCCAGCUAAUGAUGACAAGCAGUGAACACCUUAAAAGUAUUUAUGAAGUAUUAUCCAUGCACUUAGGCAAGUAGAAUUUGUAGUCUAGGGUCUCAAUGCUAAGUUCUUAGGUACCUCACUAGAAACGGGGAGCAGAAAAGCACGCGUGCACAUGCUUCCCUCAUCGCUUUGGAGAUGUAUGGCCUGAGCCUCUGCUUACACGUCUUACGUGUCAUCGCAUAGCCAAAGUCCCCACUGCCAUCUUUGCUCAGUCUGCUUCAGACAGGACUCUUCCUGCAAGUUUGACUUGGUAAUUAUAUGAUACAUAAUCAAGAGAAGGUGCUUCUCUCUGUGGUGGGUGUCAUUAGAGCCCUUAGUGUGGAAGAAGAUGGGGAGGUUUAAGUGGAGCAAAGACAAAGAGUUGGUCUAGUUCCUGUUUGUUGUUGGGUUUUGCUGGCUGCUGGCAUUGCCAGUGAACAUCUCUGUUUGAAUUUUAGGGGCGAUCUGAAAUAAUUCUUUGUGCUCAUCAAAUUUCUAAGUGCUCUUUUUGUCCUUAGUUAUCCUAAUGUAAUGGGGAAAACGGAUACACAUAAAAUAUUUUUGUGUCAUGUUCAAAGCCUUAUUAACACUUUGCCUGAAAUAGGUCAUUUUGCCUCAUCCAUUUGCCAAAGUAGCCAAUUCCAAGUUUAGGAAACUUUGAUGUAGGCUGACAAUAUUCUUGUAUUUUAUUUUAGAUUAUAAGCUUAAUGGCAGGAAAUUAUAUCAAUAACUGUGCUUUUUAUGUACCAACCAUUGCUGUAUACCUUUGGUGCUUAAUAAAUGUUCAUAAUUAUUCAUAA